AUGGACUCCACUGGUAAUCAUGGAGGGAUCCAGCAACUUCUUGCUGCUGAACAGGAAGCUCAGCAAAUUGUCAACGCUGCUCGGACCGCAAAAAUGGCAAGGCUGAAGCAAGCCAAGGAAGAGGCUGAAACAGAGAUUGCUGAACACAAAACCAAUACUGAGCAUGGUUUCCAAAGGAAACUCGAAGAGACGAGUGGAGAUUCAGGUGCAAACGUGAAGAGGCUGGAGCAAGAGACUGAUGACAAGAUCGAGCAGUUGAAGAACGAAGCUUCCAGGAUUUCAAGAGAUGUUGUGGACAUGCUUCUCAAACAUGUCACCACUGUCAAGAACUGAUAUAUAUAUAUCUCGCAAUCAAUCAAGCCAUCUUUGUGUGUACACUGGUUUGAAAGUGUUAUUCUUUCUGAAUGGAUUUGUUCAUUCGUUUCUUUUUAAUAUUUUGUGGAUUCCAUGUUUCAGCUGCAUCGUUGAGUUGUUGUUUUCAUCUCUUCAAAAGACGUAUACAACGUUUGUGUUUGUAUUAUUGAGAAUAAAGGAACCAAUUGGAUUUUGUUUCCAUCAAGAAGAUCAGUAAGCAUGAAUGUUUAUGU